GAUAUCUGUAAUUACCACUAACCUCAAAAUUUCAAGUCGUACAUUGUUCAUACUCACUACAUAUACUCAUACAAUAUUUUUUAGGUUCAUUAUUUUAAAAUACGGUUAUAAUAUAUAGAAAUCACAUAAAAUAAAUAAAUAUCAUGGCAGACAACAAUGAAGAAGAUGAAACACUUAAAUUAGACCAAAAGCACAAGAAAGAAAAAAAGGAGCUACAAGCUCAAAUUCAGGCUCUGAAAAAGGCUGCUAAAAAUGAUAAAACAAAAAAAAAAGAACUUAACGCAGAAAUUACCAAACUAGAAUCGGAUUUAGAAGAGCGCCAUAAAAAAGAAAUUGAAACAAAUGCAAAUUGUUUAAACCCAGAAAUAGGACCAGAUGAACAAGUCAUAGAAAGUGAUAAUGUUAAACCAAAAAUUUCAAAAGCCCAAAAGCGUAGGGAUAAAAAAUUGCAACAAGAAAGAGACCGUGAAAAAGAAAUUAAAAUGCAGGAAAUAGAAAAUAUCAAUGGACCUAGAAACAUGGAAAAUCAAGCAAUAUGCAAACGAUUAGAAGAAAGAAAUUUGAAAAUUUGCCCAAUACCUUCGGAUGGUGAUUGCUUGUACAAAGCUGUUGUCCAUCAAUAUGAAAUCAACUAUAAUAAGACGUUAGGUGUAGAUGAUUUAAGAAAUCGCGUGUCAAGCUAUAUUUUAGAACACAAGGAAGAUUUCAUGCCAUUCCUCAGUAAUACUGACACUAAUGAAAUGUUAACUGAUAGGGAAUUUGAAGAAUAUUGUGAUAAAAUAAAAAAUACAAAGGUGUGGGGUGGACAGUUAGAGAUAAGGGCCAUAUCCAACUGCUUAAAAUGUCCACUUAUUGUGAUACAGGCUUCAGGACCUGAAGCGAUAGAGCAAGGCACCGAGUUUCCAGGUCCACCACUAACCAUUUCAUAUCACAGACAUAUGUACAGUCUAGGCGAACAUUACAAUUCAACUCAAUUAGUCAAAAAAGAUGAUACUAAGUCAGAGGCAUAAGUUUUAUAUAGUUUUAGCAACUAAGCAAUAUUACAAACUUCUGAUUAUCUGAUAAAUGGAUAUGCAUGGGUCUUGGAUCGUAGGUUGGAAAUGAAUACCAUAUUUUUUUAAAUAUUUUAUUUACAUUUGCAAUACAUAUAUGAUAUGAUAAUUAUGAUGUUUCAUGUAAAUACUUAAAUUUCUUUUAUAUAGAAGUAUAAAAGAAAUUUAAGUAUAACAAAAAAAUAAUCUGCUUACAUUACUUGUCUUACAUUUUGUCACAAAGUAUUUUGUUCUUUCUUCUGUAAAACAAAUAGGAGAUUUCUGAACAUAAACUACACACUGAUGCUUACCAGUUUAAUGUGGGUAGUAAUUUAUACUUAUGCUCUAAA